AUGUACUCGGGUGGACCGCCUGACGAUGAGCUGGUACAUCAUGAUGAUCGAGACGAAGACUUGUACCCUGAGGAUUUUCAUACGGUAUAUAGGGGUCAGCAUGGGAGAUUUAUUAGUAGUCAAGCGAGUCAACCUACUACCACCUCAGUAGAGACAUGGUUGGUGCAGCAGUUGAUGCCAGGUGGUCCUGAGGAUGGGAGUGUUAUCCCUAGUUUUGGUGGUCAUGUGACGUCAUAUAUAUGGGGCGGGCAGGAGCGAGAAGUUUUGCGCGGUUUGAGUAGGAUACAAUUAUGUUCUGCAUUGGUUGAUUGGCGAGUUCGUCUUGCCCAGGAGCACCUCGAGUUGAUUUAUGGCAGUGGUCUGUCUCACUUACCUGGGAUUAUGUAUAAGCGUCUCGACUGGCCGUUGAUUUCUGCUUUUGUUGAGAGAUGGCAUCCAGAUACGAACACAUUUCAUAUGCCAUUUGGGGAGAUCACGAUCAUGCUGCACGAUUUGUACCAUAUUCUUGGGCUUCGUUUUGAUUGUUCCAUGGUUUCCACUACCCCUAGAACAGACACCGUAUGGGACACGUGCUCGGUUACCAUGGAUUUGACUGCGGAUGAGUUGAAUGAGAAGUACGGUACUAAAACCACUUGGCAGGGUAGUGGGGUGCUGACUGAGAGGAUUUUUGGUUCGACUUUGGAGGCACAAAGGCCCUUUAGUGUCCAUGAUACUGCAUACAUGUGGUUAGUACUAGGAGGAUCACUUUUUUUAGACAAGAGUGGUAACCGCACUCAUUAUUCCUUCCUCCACGAGCUUGUUGUUGAAGGUGUUCCGAUUUAUGAGUACUCUUGGGGUUCAGCUACUCUAACGUACCUGUAUCGGCAGUUGGGUACAACAUCACGAAAAGAUACUAAUUCGAUCGCUUGUUGUCUCACGCUUCUGCAAGCGUGA